GCCUGCUGCUCGGCGAGCUCAGACCUCGCCUCUCAUCCUGCACCUCUCCCCACGGCUCGUCCGCCACACAUACCCUCUCGCGCCGGGCAUACGCGUCUUGCUCUCUUGCAUCUGUUUCGCGCCGGUCUCCAGCCCUCGGCAGCCUCUCUACUCUCGCUCUCUCUUCCGCACCUGCGCUCCUCGCGGGCGGCAGUUGCGGCCAUGCCGGCGCCACCGGCCGUCGAGCUCUUCAGCACCUCCAUCCUCUCCAACCACCGCGUGCGGCACCGGCAUGAGCGCUACACGAGCGUGCUGCGCGUCAAGCAGAUCCCCUUCAUCUACCACGACCUCGCCUCUUCCGACGCCGCCAAGUCGCGCUGGCGAAGAAAGGCGCUCGAUGCCAGCAUUCCCGGUCUGCUCGUGAACAACGAGUGGCGCGGCACAUUCGAGGAGUUUGAGGAGGCCGUCGAGUUCGGCGAGCUGGACCUCUUUCUGCGCGUCGAGGAUGGCGAGCCGCUCGAGCUGCCCGACGAGCCAGCGGCGGAGGAGCAGGAGAGCGCAGCACCUGCGGCACCUGCGCCCGCAGCAGCCGCUCCUGCCGAGUCGAGUACACGCAGCACCUCGCACAGCACGCUGCAGCCGAUGCGUGGCCUUGCACAGCCUCGUUCCAUCUCGCACGCCGGGCCGGCUGCUGCGCCCUCAGUGCCUCUGCCGCACGCCCUGCCGCAACAUGGCGCUCGUGCCGAGCCCAGCGCAGACGCCAUCCUCGCCAAGCUGGCGCCUGCCGAUCUCGAGCUCAACGACGACGACGUCGACGCCAUGCUCGCCGAGAUUGCCGCGCUGAGCGUGCGGGAUCGCGAGCGCAAGAAGGAGGCGCCGCCGGUCGAGGAGAAGAAGGAGGAACGGCGGAAGGGCACAUACCCAGACUUGGGCGCCGGCAACAAGCCAGCAGUGCCGCGCACGUACGUUCCCUCCGCUACCGCAGGCACUGCGCCGCUGCGGCUGGCGCGCAUGGGCAGCGGCACCAGCAUGGCUCGCGACGUCAGUGCUUCUUCCUCCUCGAGCAGCAGCAGCGCCGCCUCCUCGACGCCCUCUGCACCACGUGCGGCGCGCUACAACGCCUCGCAGAUCUCCUCGCGCGCCCUUGCUGCCGAAGCAAGCGCCUCGGCAGCAUCUCGAGCCCUCUCGACGAAGUCGCUCGCGCGCGCUGUCUCGGAUGGCACAGAUCUGCCCACUGCGCUGCAAGGCGCACGCAGCGAGGUGCUGGUAGGCCGAGAAGACCCAGAUGCGCUUCUCGCCUCUCUCGGCCUCGGAGAUCUGCAGUUGACAGAGGAGGAGGCAGAGGCGUUCCUCGAGUCGGGCAUCAUCCCUGAAGGAGCAGCAAGUGGUGGCGGGCGAGUGAAGAAGGGCAAGGAGGAGAAAGUGCGGGAAGAAACGGCAGCCAGAGAAGUGGCCAGCCGGGCGCGCUCCAAGGGAUACACUGGCAGCCCGAUGGAGCCGCGCAAGACGUCGUUUGCGAAGGAGCGCGAUGGAGUGGAGGAGAAGGAGGACAAGCGCGAGGACAGCGCAGCAUCGGCAGUGGGCCUCGGCCUCGAGACGCAGCCUGCGGAGCCGGAGGCAGCAGCGAAAGGCGAGCCAGAUGUGCAAGCAACGACUGUCGUUGCUGCGGUCGGUGCCGAAAAGCAGCGGAUCGACGAGAACGCAACUUCGCCAGAAGCCGCUGUCAAGAAGCCAGAAGCUGCAUCGGAUGCAGCAGCCAGCGAGACGAAGGGAGACACGUCUGCUCCGCCGACAAGCUCCACUGCAGCCGAGGCAGCGAGCACCGCAGAGAGCGGAGAGGCGGUGCUGCCGAGUCCAACGCCUGCCGUCAGCGCCGCCGCCGUCGUUGCGGACGUUGGCGUUGAAGACACGCCUCGCGCCGUCAACAAGGCUCUGCCGUCGCUGGAGGACGCGCCUGGCUCGGGCGAGGGCAGCACUGACACGAUGUUGGCUAGCGCUCGUCCUGUCGCUUCUGCCGCUCCUGCUGUCGCUCGUGCUGCAUCGGGUGUCCCAGAGCCCGUCAAGCCUGUCUCGCCGACGAAGGACGCUCCCGCUGCAGAGCCCUUCGAUACUCUCGCCAAGAGCAGCAGCACCUCGUCAAUCACGCCGCCAGCCGUGCCCGCCGCCGAGAAGCCCAGCGCAUCCGCGCCGCAGACGCCGGAGCGAGCAGUCGAGGCGCCGCGCACGACGCCGUCAGCUCAGACGCCGGAGGAUGCCGCCGCAAUCGCCGCUGCUGCUGCAGCCGCUGCGGCAGCCGAGGCUGCAGCUGAUGCGGACGCACGCGACACGAUCAGGCUGCUGCUGCAAGGCACUGACUUCGGGGCAGACAUCGACGACAAGCCUGUCGUUGACUCAAAGGCUGCUGAUGCGGGUACCACCACGUCGACGUCGAGCAUCAAGCCUGCCGCUCUAAGGCUCGAGCCAUCGCCUCUCAUCGCGCUCGCCUCUCCCGGUCCUUCCUCUUCUUCAGCAUCACCUCCCUCGCCCAAGUCGCCCAAGUCACCUCUCUCGACGCGCUCUUCACGUUCGCCGCUUGUCUCUCGCUCGCCGAUUUCUCCAUUGAGCAACAACGCGACAGCACAGGUGCGGAGACAGCCCAGCGAUCCGCGCUCGCCGGUGCUUUCGCCCUCUCGGCGAGGACUUGAUGCUCGGCGUCGCGAGCCGGGCUCAGCAAGCAUGACACCGUCAGGUAGCGCCAGCUCCUUCUCUUCCCUUGGCGCGCUGCACUCGCCCGUGGGCGCUUCGCCUCGCUCCGUCUCGUCGCCCGUCACCGGCAUCGGCGGCAUUUCCCGCAGCGCCUCGACGGAGUCGAAAGACUCCAAGAAGGGCCGAUUCAGCCUCGCUGGCAUGCUCAACAGCGCCAAGCUGGAGCGCACUUCCUCGGCGUCCUCCAACGCCGGUGGCUCGCCCGUCUCGAUCCGCAGCAUGGGCGCCCCGAAGAAGGAGGAGCGAGCGAGCAAGACGCUCAGCCAGAUCCUGCGCGAGGCGGAUGCGGCGAUGGCCGAGGAGGAAGAGGAGGAGGAGAUGAUGGAUGGCGAUGAUAUGGCAUGGGAGGGCGAGGAUGUGAGAGAGGAGCUGCGCAUUUGAGAAUGCGGAGCCGGAGGCGAGCGAGAGAAGAAGGCCUUAAUUUAGCGUAUGUUGCACAAGCCUGCCGGGGCAUGAGCUUGACUCUCUCUGCCCGUCGUGCAACGAGACGGCGAAGAGCUGCUCUCGAGGGUGCGAAUGCUCCUGUAGCAGCCACCUCGCGUCGAGACGCUUCACUCUUGGUUCC